AUGGAAAAACUACUACUAGAUCGACUGUUGGGUAGAAUAACACCUUCUCGAUUCUCUAAUAUAAUUACUGAAAAUUUCUAUUCUGAGAUUUAUCAACUAGGCAAGCAUGAUGUUUUCCCAAGUAAUUGUCAUGACUAUGCAGCUGUCAAUAGUCUCUCCUUAGAAACAACAGAUUAUCAAUAUCUAUUAAGUGGAAGCAACGAUUCGUCUAUCAAACUAUGGGAUUUAAAACAACAAGAAACUAUACGUGAAGAAAACGAAAUAGAUGCCAAUCUACAUUUACAUCCGUCCACUUUUGAUAAUUUUGAUUACGACAAUCCUGUAUCGACUUUUGUCAAUUUAGCAACCAUCCUAAAACGACAUCAUCACAAAUUUGGAAUAUCGUGUAUUCAAUGGUGGCCGUAUGACACUGGAAUGUUUGCAAGCUCGUCUUUUGAUCACACUGUGAAAAUAUGGGACACUAAUGAACUCACCCCAGUGCACACAUUUGAUCUACUGAACAAAGUUUACGAUAUAGAUAUAUCUGCAGAAAAUGCUUUGAUUGCUACAGCAAAUGAUCAGCCGUUCAUUCGACUAUUGGAUUUAAAUUCAACUUCUAGUGCUCAUACAUUACUGGGACAUAAAGGUAAAACUUUAGUAGUGAAAUGGCAUCCCAUAAAUCUGAAUAUAUUGGCAUCGGGUGGGUACGACGGGGAAGUGAAAAUCUGGGAUAUAAGAAGAAGUCAAAGCUGUUUGACCCAAUUGGACAUGCUGAGAACCAAUGAUUCCAGCUAUACUACCAAACUAUCCAAAGCCCAUCUGGGCCCAGUCAAUGGGCUUGUGUGGGAUCCCCUGGGAUCACUAUUGUAUACUGUUGGUAAUGAUGAUAAAAUUAGAGUUUGGGAUAUGGUCAAUGUUUCCACACCACCACCAAUUAAUAAAUUAAUUAAUUUUGGGCCAUUAAUACGAAAUAAACAUCCACAUACGAUCCCUCUUUUGUUGAAUCCUCAAGGUGAAACUGAAACCCAAUUUUUAUUAUUCCCUUCAGAAAGUGGAGAUGUUUUCAUAUUUAGAACAAUUGAUGGCAAGUUGGUAAACCGAUUGGCACGAAAAGGUAGUAGAAACACAGGUAGAACAGUAUCUAUGUGUAAUGGUGGUCCUUCAACUGCUAAAUAUUUUUGUGGUACAAUUGAUGGUGAAAUUAUAAGCUGGGGUCCAUGCUUGGAUAAACCUGACUUGUCUGAAUUGAGACAACAAGAUGAAAAUAAUGAUUUUGAUGAUGACGAAGAUAUAAAUGAAAGGCUACUCAAACAAUUCCAAUUGGAAAAUAAAAGGAAACAGUUUUUAGAGUCAAUAGAGAAGUAG